AUGGGGCGAGAAGCUCUGAGCAAACAGUUCGCCGAAAUGUCGUACCCCUACGGAUACCAACCUUAUGGCUAUGCCGCCCCUGGCUACGUUGCGCCAGCCGUUUAUCCGGCUCCAGCUGUUGUACCAGUCGUCCAACCUCAAGUCGUCGUAAUGGACGGACAUCAUCAUGGAUAUCAUCACCAUCACCAUUCAUUCCUUGCAGCGCAUGGCUUCCCACUUUGUUCGUCAAACGACCAAUGCCAGAACGGUUUUGAGUGCCUGCCUAUCGGUGUAUUUCGGAGUUGCCAACCAUGUCAAUCGCUGAAUUGUCAUACGCCCAGCAAUAACGGAUGUGAAAGCGACUACGACUGUCCUCCGAAUUAUCAAUGUGCAUUGUUGGAUGAUACUGGGAGAAGAGGAUGUUUGGAAGCUGCUCCACCACUACCACUUCCGAUGCCUAGACCAUUGUCCUGUGCCAGAGAUACUGAUUGUAUAUUGGGGCAAAUUUGCCAGGCCGAUUAUUCUGGUGUGGCACAAUGUCAAGAACCUACUCCCGGUUUCUCAUGCCGUUUCAAUACGGACUGUCGUGUGGGUACGGUAUGCGUAGAAACGGAGAGAGGUUAUAGGAGAUGUCUGGACCAAGCCCCUGCCCUUCCAACCCCAAGUCCUUGCGCGAGAAGCCAAUUCUGUGAAUCCGGAUUUAUUUGUACUGUUAAUCAAAGACCAUUGUGUACCGUUGGCAACUGUCGCUCUACAGCCGAUUGUCCACAUGGAAAAUCUUGUGUAGAUAUGGGGAAUGGACUUCAUGAGUGUUUGGAAAACAUCACCCCUCACCAUCACCAUCGCCAAUACGGCUGUACGUCGGAUGAGCAAUGCGAGUCUGGAUAUUCAUGCGAUGUUGAGGGCAGUCGGACGUGUGUUCAGAAUCCCUCUGGACUUCAACGCGAUCAACCUGUUAUCCUUGGCGGCUGGUGGUCUAGAUGUUCUACCAGUACUGACUGUAGUAUUGAUCUGGGGUGUUACACAACGAAUAGCAAUGAGCGAAUGUGUGCUGCUGUCAAUGGACAACUCUGCAUCUCUGAUCAUGGAUGUUCCAAUACCCAUUGCCUCUUUUACCGGUUUGGUGAUGUGGCAGGGAAUUGCGCGAGACAGCCGAAAUAUUAUGUU